AGAGAGAGUGAGACUUGGAGCGACACCACAGAUGUAGGAGUGAGGGGAGGAGAAACCGAAGAGUUGCAGAGUGAUUCUUCCAGCCAGCCUCCUACUUCAGAUGCUCUCCUCCUCGCCUGCAUCUUUCCACCUCCCUCCCCGCUUCCUCCCAUAUUUAAUGGGAGCAGACACAGUGACAGAGGAGAGAUUGACUGGUCAUCUCCUUGGACUAGAGAGGAGGAGGGAGGGAGCGAGGAAGAGGUGGGGUGGAGAAAGCCAGAGAGAAAGAGUGAACCCCCUUAAAUAAUCAAUCCUCAUAUCCUGUCGUUGCCUGGCCCACGCGCCUUCUCUCUCUGAAGAGAGGAGAGGAAGGAGUUGAAGAGGAGAUUUUGGACUAACAGAGGUGUGGAUGUUGGACGUGUCUCCAGUCUGGACGAUGGGAUGACGGACCAAUGGGACGACAGUUGGGCAGAUGGACUGACGAGUGGAUGUACAAAAACCCUAACACACAGGCUUCUGCUCCAACUCUUGGAGGACUCUGUCUACCUGCUCUGCACUUUUUACCUCCUCUACCAAUUCCUCCUCCUCCAGCUGCUCAUCGUUCCAACUGCCAGCUGCUCUCUUAAUCCUGAGGGAGCUGGAGAAAGGAAAAGGGACAAAAGGGAUCAUUAUCAAAGAAAACUGAGCAAAGGAGAUGAAUAAUUGCUCCAUCUUCAGCAAAAACAGAAAAUAAGGAAGUGGUCAACUUGUAUAUUUGACAGCAACACUUUUAGAGCUUGAGAGGAAGAAAGCAACAGAGUAGAGAAACCAGAGAUGAAGCAGUGGAAAAGUGCUGCAACAUGAAGUCUAUCUUGUUUGACUAAAGGAAGCGCAGAACGCAGAGACGAUGAACUAUAUUUUUGGCAACAACACCUUGGUCCCCCGCAGUGUGAGGGCGGGCGGGUCAUCCGGGGGUCAUGGGGUCAAACAGAAGCUGGGCCCAAAGCGUGGCUCCUCGGAGGAGCUCGCACCUCCACGUACCUCCUCCACCUCCUCUCCCGCCUCCUCCUCCCCCUCCACCUCCUCGACUCGCUGGCAGCAGCUCCUCACGUUCUUCUCCAGGAGGAGUGCCUUCACCGACUGUAUCAAUGCCAGCCAGGCCAACCCCCCUCCAGUGGUGGUCAACACCGACAGCGUCGACACCCCCCCAUAUGUCAAUGGAACAGAAGCAGACUAUGAGUAUGAGGAAAUCACACUGGAGCGGGGUAACUCAGGUCUGGGGUUCAGUAUCGCAGGAGGGACUGAUAACCCUCACAUCGGAGAAGACCCCUCUAUCUUCAUCACCAAGAUUAUACCUGGAGGGGCCGCUGCCCAAAAUGGACGACUCAGGGUGAACGACUGUAUAGUCCGGGUAAAUGAGACGGACGUCAGGGACGUGACCCACAGCGGGGCGGUGGAGGCGCUGAAGGACGCAGGAGGUCUGGUCCGACUGUGCAUACGGCGCAGGAGGAGCCUCAGCGAGAGGGUCCUGGAUAUCAAGCUGGUCAAAGGGCCCAAAGGUUUAGGAUUCAGUAUAGCAGGCGGAGUCGGAAACCAACAUGUCCCGGGGGACAACAGUAUCUACGUGACGAAGGUCAUCGAAGGAGGGGCUGCACACAAAGACGGACGGCUACAGAUAGGGGACAAACUUAUGGCUGUGAACGCCUCCUGUUUGGAAGAGGUGACUCAUGAGGAUGCCGUGGCUGCGCUGAAGUCCACUCCUGACGUGGUUUAUCUCCGUGUGGCCAAACACACCUCCCUUUUUAUCAAUGACAACUUCCCUCCUCCUGACGUCACCAAUUCGUACUCCCCACAUCAAGACAACCAUAUUAGCCCCUACAUGAGCGGCAGCCAGUCUGUAAGCCCCGCCCCGCUGACCACGCCCAGAUACUCUCCGUUGCCCAGGGCGAUGACCGGAGAAGACGACAUCCCGAGGGAACCCAGGCGGGUGGUGCUCCAGCGUGGGACCACAGGUCUCGGUUUUAACAUUGUUGGAGGGGAGGAUGGAGAGGGAAUCUUCAUCUCCUUCAUCCUUGCCGGGGGUCCAGCGGAUCUCUGUGGGGAGCUACGAAAGGGAGACCGCAUCCUGUCGGUGAAUGGUGUGGACCUGUCCAGUGCAACACAUGAGCAGGCAGCAGCAGCUCUGAAGAACGCAGGACAGACCGUUACCAUAGUAGCGCAGUACAGACCUGAGGAGUACAGUCGUUUUGAGGCGAAGAUCCAUGACCUAAGGGAACAGAUGAUGACCAGCAGUGUCAGCUCCAGCUCCACGUCGCUUCGCUCCACACAGAAACGCACCCUAUACGUCAGAGCGUUGUUCGACUACGACGGCAGUGGGUCCGAUCUGAGCGCGCCCGGUCAAGUCCUGCCCUUUCAUUUCGGGGAUGUCCUCCACGUGACCAGCGCUGGCGAAGAGGAGUGGUGGCCCGCCCGCCACCUCAGCCCCCCGCCUCCAAACUGCCCUGAAGUCGGCGUCAUCCCCAGCCGCAGGAGGGCAGAGAAGAAGGAGAGGUCGAGGUUAAAGACGGUCAGAGUGGCGAGGUCUCAGGACAGAUCGGAUCAGGAAGAUAAAGAGCUGGUAACCUCUUGCACCAGCGAUAGUGAGAGUAGUUCCUCUGGCCAGGAGGAGACCCUCCUCACAUACCAGCCUGUCAUGCAACUGGAAGUUACUUACACCCGACCAGUCAUAGUGCUCGGACCAAUGAAAGACCGGAUCAACGAUGACCUCAUCUCCGAGUUCCCUGACAAGUUUGGCUCCUGCGUCCCACACACAACACGGCCGCGGCGAGACUACGAGGUGGACGGCAGAGACUACCACUUCAUGGCCUCCAGAGAGGUCAUGGAGCAGGAGAUCCAGGAACACAAGUUCAUCGAGGCGGGACAGUACAACAACCACCUGUAUGGGACCAGCAUACAAUCGGUCAAAGAGGUCGCUGAUAAGGGUAAACACUGCAUACUGGAUGUAUCAGGGAAUGCGAUAAAGCGUCUCCAGUUGGCAGGCCUUCAUCCCAUCGCUGUCUUCAUCAGACCACGCAAUGUCGACAACAUCCUAGAGAUGAACAAGCGCUUCAAUGAGGAGCAGGCGAGGAAGUCCUUCGAAAGAGCCGUCAAACUGGAGCUGGAGUUCACAGAGUUCUUCACCGGUAUCGUCCAUGGCUCGACUCUAGAGGAGGUGUAUUCGCAGGUGAAGCAGAUCAUUGAGGAGCAGUCUGGUCCUUACAUCUGGGUGCCCACCAAGGAGCGACUCUGAACAAACACACACUACAUCCUCACACACAUCACUAUUUCCACACUUCCUCCAUCUCUCAUUUUCUAUUAUCAGCCUGCUUCCUCUCUAUCUAUCUCUUGUACACACACAUUAGUACACACACACACACACACACACACACACAUUUACACAAGCACAUACAGUCGGACAGGGCUGGGACUAUCUGGGACUGCUACUUCCUUAAGUGGGAGGGGCUAAUGUCUGUCCAGCAGCCUAUCGGUGGAUCUUCCUACGGCUCAGUUCCUUAAUGUUUAAGGAGGUGGUUUAAAUCAUGGCGACAUGUACCAUUAUCUGAUUUGAUUUCAUUAUUGUUCUUAUUAUUGUUGUUGUCGUUGUUGUUUUCAUAUUAACGAAGGGUAAUGCAUUCAUGUAUGGGUUUGUAAUGAUAUUAUUGUCACCAAGAGGCAGACUUUUGCACGCUGUAGCUUUAAGAGCAUGUUUGUGGGACAAAAUCUUGAUCUCCUUCCCAACUGUCCGUCUUUUCAUGGCAUUGCUCCUGUUAAGUCUUUUCUAUAUUUCUCUCAUAUCCCAUAUCUUCCUCCUCCUCCUCAUCCUCCUCUUCCUUCUUCCCCUUCAGACUACAGACUUUAUACAUAAGGUGAUGAUUUUAUAAUCUGCAUCAGCAUUUUGGUAUCAAAGGCCCAAAUGGAACUAAAGUACAAUUGGAGACAAGAAAACAAUAUUUCCUUUAAGAAGCAGCAUUUUGCAGUUAAAUAAUCAUUAGAAAGUAAAUUAGAUAGCUUUGUAAUAAAUAACAUAUUGAGGCUUGUGGUGUGUUUAGAGUUAAUUUUGAGCCCUAAACCCAUGUUUCUAAAAUAAAAAGAAAGAUUCCAAAAGGGAAAUUGAAAUAUAAAAUAUGCUUAAAACAGAAACAAGUAAUCAAGGAUUACAACACUUUUAUCCAGUUAAUUGUUUUUGAAUAUGUUAACAAUUCACUCAGUGAUGUGAACAAAAUGUAUCAUCAUUUCUCCAGUGGAAAUGUACAGUUCAAUAAGGUAUGGACACAUUAUUGGUCUGAAAUGAAAAGAAAUCUGCUGAUGGUACACCAGAGAAAACAGACAACAAGGGUGCAUUAGUGCCACUUUGCAAGGUGCAGAUAAGAAUAUAUGGCAAGUGAUUGCAAACUGAAUCAAUGGCUGCUUUACUACCAAAUGUACACAAGAAGCAAAGGGAAGAAAAAGUAGUUUAGAAUCCUAUUUAAUGCUCAAACUGAGUGACAAAGAAUAGGCUAAAACUACGAGUCAUUUAUAUCAAUAGAAAUUUGACAAAUAGUUUACAUUUGUAAUGGUGAAGUAAUUUCACUUUUCGCAGUUUGAUACAGUUCCUGAAAAACUUUUCUGCCACCCCCCCUCUCUUCCUCCUCGCUGACUCAUUGCGUUCAUCCCCCCUGCCCCUCCCCUCUCUCUCUUUCUUCACAUUCACACUGUGACAUUAGUUGAUCGCUCCACCAUCAAUCAGUGUAUCAUCUUCUACAUCAACACGAUCAUCAUAAUCAUCAGCAUCAAUGUUAUAACUCUCCUUCUUACUGUAGUUGCACUAAUGAGGGCUGGUUUCUUAAAAGCAUCUUAACCCGUCCCAAUGUUUCUGGUGUGACACACUCACUCUCCUUUCAGUUUUCAGUGAUUAUAUUGCUAGCAAACAAGGUCAGGGAACUCUUUCUGGUCAUUUGCUGUAUGUCACGCUACUGUAGUUAAAGUUACUCGUCACCCUCUCGUAAACGCUACUGUCAAUGACCACCAAUGAACUGCAUAAGGUCUCUUUGAAACAGGUUUCUGUCAUGCUGGAUUUGUAUGAGCCUUCAGUCCCAGUGUGCAUGAAUAUCACCUGAAAAUAACUGCAUUUGUGACCUUUGUUCUCCCAUAAUACAGGUGGACAAUCCAAGUGUUGCAUUUUUACCUGUUAUCCAGAAAUAGGUUGUUUUAUCAAAGCUGUUUUAGUGGUCUCACAAAUAGUUUGCCCACUAUGAAACAAUUGUGAGAAUGUGUUUUUAUUUUUAAUCCCUGUCUCCUGCUUUUUGGAUCUACAAUAUGCAACGUUACAGUACUAAGUACUCUAUCUGUACUAGCUGUGUCAUUCAUGUGACCCUUGCCUUGGACGUCCUCAUGCAUCGUUAUUCACAUCUUGUAAAAAAUCGUGUGACACACAGACACAACCCUCUGUUGGGUAACAGGUAAAAAUGAAUGGUUUGACUUUUCACGUAAAGCGACUAUAUCAAUAUUUUUCUAAUAAGAAUGUAUCAAAUGACACAAUGUGAAAACGUAUGACAAGGUUAACAGAAAAAUCACCUGAAUCUGCAUCUCUCCACAGCUUAGCGUGAGUUUCAGUUUCAAGUGUUAGCCAUCUGGCCCACCACUUAGCCGAUUCUCACUGCUCUCAUAGUAUUGUUUUAUUCUGCAGCACACAGCUGUUCUUAAUGAAUUAUUUCUUAAAACAAGUUCACUGUCCACUACCUGCUCAGAAUCCAACAACAGACUUACUCAGUUAGCAUCGGGCUGCUAAACAUAAUGGAGCAUGUAGCACCAAAGGAGCCAGAUAUUUAACUAAGGAGAAGGUGGAGACCAAAAUCAGAGCUAAAAGAGAGUGAUGCCACAUAGGGGCUCACCCGACAUGACAACAAAAUCUGUUAUCAAUUGAACAUUUGGAAUACCGAGAUGCUUUAGGUAACACAGCCCCUGUAUGGACCUUGUCAGCCGCCCACUACUCAUCUCCACCCUCAACCCCCCCAAUGCGAUUCCUCCAAGCUGACUGGAGACCAGAGACGUGUAGAAAGACCGUUCUGUCAUCAGAAUAGCUUUAAGACUCAAACAAUAAAUUGUUUUGACCACAUGUGUUUUGAGAGCUUUCAUAUUUCCUCACAGAAUGUCCGGCUAAAUCUUUUCUUUUUCAUCGGUAAUCCUCCAUGACUUGGCGGUUGUCAACUUGUCAGUUGACAGAACUGGACUCUCUGUGUGACUCUGCUGUGUUUCAGCCGGGGGACCAUGCCACUGUCUGUUAGAGUAAAGCACCGAUGCAAAGUAUCUAUUACAGAGAUGGAACUACUGUAUAUCUUACAUAUUAUAAUAUUUAUCCCUGCUCUAACUGCCUAUUUUGGUAUAAAAAAAUAAAAGUCUUUAUUGAGAUUUACUGAAA